UGUGUGAUCUUGUUUUAUUUAUUGUCUAAACGUGAUAACCAUCGCUACAAAACCAACUUAGAUUUUUGGGUAGUAUAUUGUGAGCGACAGUGGUACUGGCUUAACAUUUCUAUAAGCGCAUCUGAGGCGCGUUAUUUUCGAUUUGGUUGGGUAUCCCAGUUCGGCUUUUGUUAAUAGAUGGUAUUCGGUUUAGAGUUGUUUUGUGAUCAUAUUUGUUCUUAAAAAUGGUUGCUAAAGACUACGGAUAUACCGCCUUUGAGAAUGAGAAAAAUAGUCAAAGUAACUAUAAUACUUCUUAUUACAUUGAAGACGUAAUUAAUGGCAACGUACAGGAUAAAAUAGAACUUACCCCAAUUCAGCAGUUUUACGAUGGAACCUCCAUUUUUAUUACUGGGUCUACAGGAUUUUUGGGUAAAUUACUGGUAGAAAAACUCCUUCGAUCAUGCCCAACGGUUUCCACUCUCUAUCUUCUUGUUCGAAGCAAGAAGGGCAAGAACUUAGACGAAAGGGUCGACGAAAUGUUUGAUGAUGUUAUCUUUAGUAGGCUAAAGAAAGAAUGCCCUAAAUUUAGACAUAAAGUGAUUGGCGUGGCCGGUGACUGUUCACUACCAGGAUUGGGCCUAAAUGUACAAGACAGAAAACUAUUGGCUGAAGAAGUAAAUGUCGUUUUCCAUGUAGCUGCAACAGUUCGGUUUGAUGAAAAAAUAAAAACUGCCGUAGCUAUUAACAUCAGGAGCCCAAGGGAUUUGGUUAGAUUGGGCAAAGAAAUGAAGGGUUUAAAGUCGUUUGUGCAUGUCUCGACUGUUUAUGGAAACUGCCUCAAUUCUUACAUCGAAGAGCGGAUUUAUGAUCCUCCGAUUGAUGGAAAUAAACUUAUUUUAAUGACUGAAAAUGUACCAGAGAAGAUGUUAGAUGAAUUAACACCUAGACUGCUUGGUCCUUAUCCAAAUAGUUAUGCUUACACAAAACAAAUCGCUGAAGACGUUGUUAGGGAGGAAUCUGAAAAUAUGCCUGUUGGUAUUUUCAGACCAGCCAUAGUCGUAUCAACUUAUAAAGAACCAAUCAAAUCCUGGAUAAAUAAUAUGUAUGGGCCCACUGGGGUAUGUGCAGGUGCUGGCGUAGGACUUUUAAGAACUUUAUAUUGCGAUUCCAAUGUUAACGCCAAUUUGGUGCCAGCUGAUAUGUGUGUAAAUUCAUUAAUUACAAGCGCAUGGGAAAUUGGAGAAGAUUUCAAAAAAGCUACAAAAGAAAACACCCACUAUGAAGUUCCUGUCUACAACUAUGAAUCUGGCACUGAUAAACCAAUCACAUGGGGAAAGUUUAUGUAUCUUAGUGAAAUAAAUGGAAUCAAAUACCCAUCAAUUAAAUGCAUAUGGUAUUAUCAAUUUAACUUAUAUAGAUACUAUCCUAUAUAUCUACUCUUCACCUUCUUAUUACAUACUAUACCAGCAAUUUUAACUGAUUCCAUCUUAUUCUGUACUGGAAGGAAACCACGAUUAAUGGCAGCUUACCGUAAAGUCCACAAAUUCUCAAAUGUCAUCUCAUACUUCUCUACAAGAGAAUGGCACGUCAAAUCAGACAGAGUUAGAAAUCAACAAAAAGUGAUGUGCGAAAACGAUCGAGAAUUGUUCUUUAGCGAUUUGAAGCAAUUAGACUGGGAUGAAUUUUUCCAGACCUACUUAAAGGGAGUCAGAAUUUAUUUAUUGCAAGAUCCUUUGGAAACUUUGGAGACUGCUAGAGUAAAAUGGACAUGGUUUUACUACGCAAACCACUUAGUGAAAAUCCUGUCAUAUGCAGGACUAACCUGGUUAUCAUAUUCCUGUUCCAAAUUGUUAAUAUCGUUCGUAUUGUAGCUAUUUAUUGACUUUAUUAUUUAUAUUUUAGGUGUAGUAGAAUUUCGAAAGAAAUAUUUAAAUGAUUUUGUAUAAAAUACUUUCUCCUUAUAAAAAUAUUGCUUUUAUUAAUAUUUUUUUUAAAGUUAUAUAUGAAAUUAAGCUUGGUAACUUUAGUCUAAUUUCAAGACUAAAAUUAUAAUAGUUUUACAUUUAUUUGGUGCUUUAUAAGUUUUACGAGUAUUUUAGUUUGUAAGAAUUGUAAGAAUGAUUUAUGAAUGUUAGAUAAUUUGAAGCAAAUUGUUGUAUAUAAAGAUUUAUAGUGAAAUAAACUUUUUUACCUUUAAA